UUGGAAGCGCCUGGGAUGGCCAAGGCGGGGGCUGCCGCUGCCGGUGGCAAGGCGCGGGCGGCGCGCACUGUGCUAGAUCAGGUAGUGCUCCCUGGUGAGGAGCUGCUGCUGCCGGAGCAAGAGGACGCAGAAGGCCCAGGAGGUGCAGUGGAGCGACCGCUACGCCUGAAUGCUGGGGCACGCUCUCGAGUGCGCGUUGUGUGCGGCCCGGGUUUGCGGCGCUGUGGCGACCGCCUGCUGGUAACCAAGUGUGGCCGCCUCCGUCAUAAGGAACCCGGCGGCGGCAGCGGUGGUGGCGUUUACUGGGUGGACUCGCAGCAGAAACGGUACGUCCCAGUGAAAGGAGACCAUGUGAUUGGCAUAGUGACAGCUAAAUCUGGAGAUAUAUUUAAAGUUGAUGUUGGAGGAAGUGAGCCAGCUUCUUUGUCUUAUUUGGCAUUUGAAGGUGCAACUAAAAGAAAUAGACCAAAUGUGCAGGUUGGAGAUCUCAUCUAUGGCCAAUUUGUGGUUGCUAAUAAAGAUAUGGAACCAGAGAUGGUCUGUAUUGACAGCUGUGGACGAGCCAAUGGAAUGGGUGUGAUUGGACAAGAUGGUCUGCUUUUUAAAGUGACUUUGGGCCUAAUUAGAAAGCUGCUGGCUCCAGACUGCGAAAUCCUACAGGAAGUGGGAAAACUCUACCCACUGGAGAUAGUAUUUGGAAUGAACGGAAGAAUAUGGGUUAAGGCAAAAACCAUUCAGCAGACCUUAAUUUUGGCAAACAUCUUAGAAGCUUGUGACAACAUGACAGCAGAUCAGAGAAAACAGAUCUUGUCCAGACUGGCAGAAAGUUGAUCUCUGUGGAAUUUUUAAUGGAUUGGUUGAGCCAAGAGACUGUGGAUUUUCCGGGGAAAAUUUUUUCAGGUGAACCUCUCCCCAUGAAAUCUUUAGAAGACAAGAUGUAAAGGUACAUAUUGUCGUAUUAGUCUUAAAGCAUUUUUAUAAAAAGUUACUGGUUGCUACCCAUGUUCUUGUAGGUGAGAAAAAUCAUUAUAAAAUGAUGAUGUAUUUUUUUUUGUUCUUUACAAUAAAAUUUACUAAAAGAA